ACCGGUUGUGAGUUAGUUGCUUGAGAGAGGAUAGGAGGCGCAGGCACACAACAUCUACACCGCCCGACUGGAAAUUCACUAGAGUGACGAUUAAUUACUAAAUUAAGUUUUAUUUGUUUCUUUAAAAUGUUUCGGAGUGAUAAAAUGCAAAGUUUGCCGUAGUAGUAGCUUAGUCUACAGUAGUAAUUCUUGCCAGCCAGACAUCCCUCACUGCUGGAGCUGGAUCAUAGGCAACGUUACAAUAUUGGUAUUUUGUUCCCCUGUCAACAGUGGUACUGAAGUAUCCACUAUCUUGUAGCUUUUUUGGGGGGCAAACGCCACUCUUUUGAGUCAGAGCCUUGGACAUUAGACCUCUAUGCCAGCAGUUAUGACAAUGUUAGCAGACCAUGCAGCACAGCAGCUGCUGGACUUCAACCAGAAAUUGGAUAUCAACCUACUGGACAAUGUGGUGAACUGUCUAUAUCAUGGCGUCGGACCUCAGCAAAGAAUGGCGCAAGAGGUGCUGACACACUUAAAAGAGCACCCUGAUGCAUGGACACGAGUGGACACCAUCCUGGAGUUCUCUCAGAACAUGAACACCAAAUACUAUGCUCUUCAGAUAUUGGAAACGGUUAUCAAAGCACGAUGGAAGAUUCUUCCUCGAAAUCAAUGUGAAGGUAUUAAAAAGUAUGUUGUUGGACUCAUUAUCAAGACUUCGUCAGAUGCAUCAAAUGUAGAGAAAGAAAAAGUGUACAUUGGAAAGCUGAAUAUGAUCCUUGUUCAGAUCCUGAAGCAGGAGUGGCCCAAGCACUGGCCCACGUUCAUCAGCGACAUCGUGGGGGCGAGUCGCACCAGCGAGAGCCUCUGUCAGAACAACAUGGUCAUCCUGAAGCUGCUCAGCGAGGAAGUGUUUGACUUCUCCAGUGGCCAGAUGACCCAGGUCAAGGCCAAGCACCUGAAGGACAGCAUGUGCAACGAAUUCUCCCAGAUCUUCCAGCUGUGCCAGUUUGUUAUGGAGAAUUCCCAGAAUGCCCCGCUUGUGCACGCCACCCUGGAGACCCUGUUGCGUUUUCUGAAUUGGAUUCCGCUGGGGUACAUCUUUGAAACCAAGCUGAUCAGCACACUGGUGUACAAGUUCCUGAAUGUUCCCAUGUUCCGCAACGUGACGCUGAAGUGCCUGACGGAGAUCGCUGGUGUGAGUGUCAGCCAGUACGAGGAGCAGUUUGUCACGCUCUUCACCCUCACCAUGUGUCAGCUCAAGCAGAUGCUGCCCCUGAACACCAACAUCCGGUUGGCCUACGCCAACGGGAAGGACGACGAGCAGAACUUCAUCCAGAACCUCAGCCUGUUCCUGUGCACCUUCCUGAAAGAACACGGGCAGCUCAUCGAGAAGAGGCUGAACCUCCGAGAGACACUCAUGGAGGCUCUCCACUACAUGCUCCUCGUGUCAGAGGUGGAGGAGACCGAGAUCUUCAAAAUUUGUCUGGAGUAUUGGAACCACCUGGCAGCAGAACUCUACAGAGAAAGUCCGUUCUCCACGUCCACAUCUCCUCUGCUGUCCGGGAACCAGCACUUCGACGUUCCACCGCGCAGGCAGCUCUAUCUGCCAGUGCUCUCCAAGGUCCGUCUGCUGAUGGUGAGUCGGAUGGCCAAGCCGGAGGAGGUGCUGGUGGUGGAGAACGACCAGGGGGAGGUGGUCAGAGAAUUUAUGAAGGACACAGACUCCAUCAACCUUUACAAGAACAUGAGAGAAACUCUGGUCUAUCUGACUCACCUGGAUUAUGCGGACACGGAGCGCAUUAUGACCGAGAAGCUCCACAACCAGGUGAACGGAACCGAGUGGUCCUGGAAGAACCUCAACACCCUGUGCUGGGCCAUCGGGUCCAUCAGUGGAGCCAUGCAUGAAGAGGAUGAGAAGAGGUUCCUGGUUACAGUCAUCAAGGAUCUGCUGGGUCUUUGCGAGCAGAAGCGAGGAAAAGACAACAAAGCCAUCAUUGCUUCAAACAUCAUGUACAUCGUGGGCCAGUACCCACGCUUCCUCAGAGCUCACUGGAAGUUCCUCAAGACGGUGGUCAACAAACUCUUUGAAUUCAUGCACGAAACCCACGAUGGCGUUCAGGACAUGGCAUGCGACACCUUCAUCAAGAUCGCUCAAAAAUGCAGGCGCCAUUUCAUCCAGGUGCAGGUGGGAGAGGUGAUGCCGUUCAUCGACGAGAUCCUAAACAACAUCAACACCAUCAUCUGUGACCUGCAGCCUCAGCAGGUUCACACGUUUUAUGAGGCGGUGGGCUACAUGAUCGGGGCUCAGACGGACCAGGCCGUUCAGGAGCACCUGAUCGAGAAGUACAUGCUGCUGCCCAAUCAAGUGUGGGACAGCAUCAUCCAGCAAGCCACCAAGAACGUUGACAUCCUGAAGGAUCCAGAGACGGUCAAGCAGCUGGGCAGCAUCCUGAAGACCAACGUCAGAGCCUGCAAAGCCGUGGGACACCCCUUCGUCAUCCAGCUGGGACGGAUUUACCUGGACAUGCUGAACGUCUACAAGUGCCUCAGCGAGAACAUCUCUGCUGCCAUCCAGACGAACGGCGAGAUGGUGACCAAACAGCCGCUGAUCCGGAGUAUGAGAACGGUGAAACGAGAGACACUGAAGCUGAUCUCAGGCUGGGUCAGCCGAUCAAACGACCCACAGAUGGUUGGGGAAAACUUUGUUCCUCCACUGCUGGACGCCGUCCUCAUCGAUUACCAACGCAACGUCCCUGCAGCCCGGGAGCCAGAGGUCCUCAGCACCAUGGCAACCAUCGUUAACAAACUGGGGGGUCACAUCACCAGCGAAAUCCCCCAAAUCUUUGACGCAGUCUUUGAAUGCACACUAAACAUGAUCAACAAGAACUUCGAGGAGUUUCCGGAGCACAGGACUCACUUCUUCUACCUGCUCCAAGCCGUGAACUCGCACUGCUUCGCUGCUUUCCUGGCCAUCCCUCCAGCCCAGUUUAAGCUGGUGUUGGACUCCAUUAUUUGGGCCUUCAAACACACCAUGAGGAACGUGGCCGACACAGGUCUGCAGAUUCUCUACACAUUGCUUCAAAACGUGGCCCAGGAGGAAGCGGCCGCUCAGAGCUUCUACCAGACCUAUUUCUGCGACAUCCUGCAGCACAUCUUCUCCGUGGUCACAGACACGUCACACACUGCUGGCCUGACGAUGCACGCAUCCAUCCUGGCGUACAUGUUCAACCUGGUAGAAGAAGGGAAGAUCACAGCCCCGCUGAGCCCCGCCAACCCCUCCAGUAACCAGGUGUUCAUACAGGAAUACGUAGCCAACCUGCUGAAGACUGCCUUCCCCCACCUGCAGGAUGCUCAGGUGAAGGUGUUUGUGACGGGGCUGUUCAGCCUGAACCAGGACAUUCCUGCCUUCAAGGAGCACCUGAGGGACUUCCUGGUCCAGAUAAAGGAGUUUGCGGGCGAGGACACCUCGGAUCUGUUCCUGGAGGAGAGGGAAGCCUCGCUGCGGCAGGCCCAGGAGGAGAAACACAAGAUCCAGAUGUCGGUGCCGGGGAUCCUCAACCCCCACGAGAUGCCGGAGGAGAUGUGCGACUGAGCCGCAGCUCUCUCCCCCCCACCUGUACAGUAUCUAACAAACACGCAAACCGUGGCGAACCCAGAGAGGCACUUGUGCGGCGGGAGGCGGCCCGCCCUCCACCCAGCGCGCCAGCCUGGUGGACGUCUGUUGACCAAAUCCCUGUCAAUACUAUGUAAAUGAGUACCGCGUCACCCUGUGGCCCCUUUUUACAUAACCCCCGUUUUCUAUGGAGAUUUUGUGUGUUCCCGUUUAAUCCACAUCUAUGUUUGGUCGUUCUCUGCUCCAUGGCGCAUCUGCAUGAUGACCUACAGAUUCAGACCCACGGUUUGGUUUCCUGCUCCCCUCUGUCCGCUCAUUGGUUCAAGUGUAGAUGUUUUCUACGGACCGCGUGUAAAGAUGGCAUAGAAGCUUCUAGAGUGGCGUCUUUUCAGACCCCGCCCCCCCUCCUGGUCAGGUGGGACAAUGUGAAUUUGACAGAAGAUGAAUGAAGGCUGCGAGGUGCUGCUGCGUCUGCAGGAAGGGAAAGCAAACGCGUGCAUAUCAUCCCAGUUGUAUAGCAUCUUUAAUACCACGGGAACAUUUUCUUUGUGUUCUGCUGUUUUUCUUUUUUUCUUUUUUUUUUGUUGUGGGUGUGCGCGCGCGUGUGUGUGUGCUGUCGCUUAGUCGACAUCAGCGUUUCGUUUUCCUCUAAGAGGAUCCUCGCUCCGUUUGGAGCCUUCAUUAAUGGGAUGUUUUCAGACAUGACGCAGGUAUUUAUGGCUUCUGGGUUGGCGGCAUCUUUUUAACAGCUCCUGUUGAACUCGGAUGGCUUUCGGCAUUCUCCUCACUUUAGAUUGUUUACUGUGCUGUAGUGCUUCAAGACACUACGUCCUAGAGCAAAUUUAAACGAUUAAACUGGGUUUACAUUUAAUUUUGUACUUUUGCAUUUGUUUUUCCAUUUGUAUUAAGUUCUGUCCAGAUGAAGUUUUCUUUUUUUGUCCAGAGAGCAAAUUAGUUGCCAACGAGUUGAAUUAAGACAGAAUGUAUAAAUCCAAAUGAGCACCCAUUUUCUGACAGCAGAUUUCUCUUUAAGGUGUUACUUUGUUGUGAACUUUUUGAACUAAUUAAAGUUGAGAAUUUUAUAACCCUGA